AUGGCGAGAUCAGCGGUCGUUCUUUGUCUCAUUAUCGCCACUGCAUACGCCAGCUUCAUUCCACCACUGCCAGGAUUCUUAGACCCAAUAAAGAGAAUACAUCAACUCGAAGAACAGAUUGCAAAUAAAAUCAACGACAUCACACAACACACACGUAGUCUCUUAGAUCGAUCCACGCAAGAAGCUUAUUCUGAAGUAAAUCAUGUGAAAAGAAUUGGUACCAAGAUAAAAACGGAAGCGCGUCAUAAAAUUAAGAGUAUAUUAAGCGAAGUAGGCGCUAAAAUCGAUAUUCUGAAGGAACAGACAAAUUGCAAUAAUGUCGAUCAUUGUAUAGAAAUUGUAGAAGAAUUACAUAAAGCAGCAGACGAUAUCAAUGGACAAGUUAAUGCAUGCGUUACAUAUAAUGGAAAUAAAGCGGUUCAUAUAAUGCAACAAAUUAAUCACAAUUAUAAACAUCUUCUGCAUACCCUCGAUGAUGCUAGUAGACGAGCAGCAAGAUGUACUGCAUCUACUGAAUUCUUUCCUGAAAUCGUUGAAUGCUUAAAUACCGUAAUGGCAAGGACAAUAAAACUUUCAAUCGAGGAACGCUCUAAGAUUACAAAAGAUACACUGAAACUGAUCAGCCACAUUAAUGAAAUCAAAAGAUCAACAAGUGGUUGCACCAGAACAGAUAUUAUACCAAAAUUAAAAGAACGUGCACGAAAAAUCAUCGAAAAAGUAAAAGAAUGCAUCUCAGGUACUCGUGACUCUACCACACAGAUGCCUACAUCUAGAAGUGUAAAACAACCACUAUCAAGUUUUACCGAAGGACCAAUUAUAUGUUGCAAACAUAAAACAGUGACCAUUUCUACACAAUACCCUGUGACCAAUCCCACAAAAGAACCACCAUCCAGUACAACGGAAUUACCCGCAUCUAGUAGUACGGAACCAAUAGCUACCAGUACUACUGAGCUACCUGAAACUACUAAUACAGAACCAACAGCAGCCACUACCACAGAGAUUCCCCCAUCAAGUAGUACGGAACCAGUAGCUACUAGUACUACUGACCUACCCGCAACUACUACUACAGAACCAACAGCGGCCACUACCACAGAGCUUCCCCCAUCAAGUAGUACGGAACCAGUAGCUACCAGUACUACUGAACUACCCGCAACUGGUAGUACAGACACUACUGAGCUACCCGAAACUACUAAUACAGAACCAACAGCAGCCACUACCACAGAGCUUCCCCCAUCAAGUAGUACGGAACCAGUAGCUACUAGUACUACUGACCUACCAGCAACUGGUAGUACAGAACCAGCAGCUACAACUACAACGGAGCUUCCUCUAUCAACUAGUACAGAACCAGUAGAUACUACUUCUACAGAAUUACCUGCAUCAAGUAGUACAGAACCAACAGAAAUCACUACCACGGAGCUUCCUGCAUCAAGUAGUACGGAACCAGUAGCUACUAGCACUACUGAGCUACCCGCAACUACUAAUACAGAACCAACAGCAGCCACUACCACAGAGCCUCCCCAAUCAAGUAGUACGGAACCAGUAGCUACCAGUACUACUGAGCAACCCGCAACCACUAAUACAGAACCAACAGCAGCCACUACCACAGAGCUUCCACCAUCAAGUAGUACGGAACCAGUAGCUACCAGUACUACUGAACUACCCGCAACUGGUAGUACAGAACCCGCAGCUACAACUACAACGGAGCUUCCUCUAUCAACUAGUACAGAACCAGUGGAUACUACUUCUACAGAAUUACCUGCAUCAAGUAGUACAGAACCAACAGAAAUCACUACCACGGAGCUUCCUGCAUCAAGUAGUACGGAACCAGUAGCUACUAGCACUACUGAGCUACCCGCAACUACUAAUACAGAACCAACAGCAGCCACUACCACAGAGCUUCCCCAAUCAAGCAGUACGGAACCAGUAGCUACUAGUACUACUGAGCUACCCGCAACUACUAAUACAGAACCAACAGCAGUUACUACCACAGAGCUUCCCCCAUCAGGUAGUACGGAACCAGUAGCUACCAGUACUACUGAACUACCCGCGACUGGUAGUACAGAACCCGCAGCUACAACUACAACAGAGCUUCCUGCAUCAAGUAGUACAGAACCAGUAGCUACUACUUCCACUGAACUGCCCGCAUCAAGUAGUACAGAACCAACAGCAACCACAAACACGGAGCUUCCUGCAUCAAGUAGUACGGAACCAGUAGCUACCAGUACUACUGAGCUACCCGCAACUAGUAAUACAGAACCAACAGCAACCACUAACACGGAGCUUCCCGCAUCAAGUAGUACGGAACUAGUAGCUACCAGUACUACUGAACUACCCGCAACUAGUAGUACAGAACCAGCAGGUAUUACAGAUACCGAAGAACCUGCAUCCAGUAGUACCGAACCUGCAGUUACAACUACCACGGGGCUUCCUGCAUCAAGUAGUACAGAGCCAGUUGCUACUACAUCUACUGAACUAUCUACAUCUAGUAGUACAGAACCUGCAGCUACCACUGUCAUUGCAACAACUACGCCAACGGAACUUCCCAUAUCAAGUACGGAACAAGCAGCAACUACUAGUACUGAACGACCCGUAUCUAUUAGUACAGAACCAACAGGUACUACAGGUACCGAAGAACCUGCACCUAGUAGUACAGAACCAGCGGAUGGUGCGGGUACCAAAGAACCUGCAUCGAGUAGUACAGAAGCUGCAGUGACAACUACCACGGAGCUUCCUGCAUCAAGUAGUACGGAACAAACAGCUACUACUUCUACUGAACUAUCUACAUCUAGUAGUACAGAACCUGCAGCUACCACUGUCAUGAUAUUUUCAGAAGCAUCUCCCACUGUCUUAUUUCAGGCCAGCUUCAUUCCACCUCUACCAGGAUUCAUAGACCCAAUAAAGAGAAUACAUCAACUCGAAGAACAAAUUGCAAAUAAAAUCGUCGACAUCACACAACACACACGCGGUCUCUUAGAUCGAUCCACGCAAGAAGCUAAUUCUGAAGUAAACCAUUUGAAAAGAAUUGGUACCAAAAUAAAAACGGAAGCGCGUCAUAAAAUUAAGAGUAUAUUAAGCGAAGUAGGCGCUAAAAUCGAUAUUCUGAAGGAACAGACAAAUUGCAAUAAUGUCGAUCAUUGUAUAGAAAUUGUAGAAGAAUUACAUAAAGCAGCAGACGAUAUCAAUGGACAAGUUAAUGCAUGCGUUACAUAUAAUGGAAAUAAAGCGGUUCAUAUAAUGCAACAAAUUAAUCACAAUUAUAAACAUCUUCUGCAUUAA